AUGCAUAGUGGCAGUGCGGAUUUGAUGAUCCGUCCGCACUUAAAAGCGUCUAGCUCAGAUGGUCAAUACACAAAGCCGUCCAAAAAGGAGCAGCGCAAGUUGCGGCGCCGAAGGCAGCUUGCCGCAGCACUGAUUGAGGCAGACAAUGAUGAUAUCGAAAGGCGGGUGAACUAUCUGACACAAUACGAUGCAGCAUCGUCUGACAUUCCAGCGCUGCUUUCAGUUGCAAAGUUUGCGACGCAAAGUGUUAUGUUGUCCGCUGCUGCCACAGAUCAAACCCAGGAGAAUGACCGCCCUGUAUAUACAUACCCGCUCAAUACCAUGCAAGAAUUGUCGCGCAAAUUUCUUGGUUUAUCGGCGCAAUGGGAAGGUGACGACUCGUCCCAUGAUGCCGCCAAUGAUGACUCACUCGUCGACUUAUAUGCUGACGAGGAUUCAAAGCUUGGGCGCGUCGAAAUUGGUCACCUUACAUUUGGAUCGCCCCUUACACACGUCUUGCAUGAUGUACAAGACAUACAGACAUCUUCAAACCAGGUUCAGGCAUCAACCCCCGUACACUCCCCGCGGAGAACGAAGCCACCACAUCUCAGCGCGUCCGUUUCGAUGCCUCAACUGUCACAAAAGGCUUUAACCGAUUCUCGAGGGGAGUUUCUUUUGCAACGGAUCCAACAUCUUCAAGAGCAUCCAGAACCGACACCGAAUCCAGACAUCAGCACGUCGUCACAAGAAGAUACGAGCGCGACAUUCGAAGAUGUAGGCUCAGCAUCUUCUGAAAGACAUCCAGCAAAGCAUCGUACUUCUUCAUUGUCACUAAGCUCAAAAGCAUCCCUUUCAGGCAUUCAACCAAUUUCUGAUUCUACUUUGUUCGAACAGAGAAAUGCGCUUGGCAUACAGCUCGGCUCUGACUCAGAGGCAUUUUUCUCUUUUCGUCAACGUGUAUUGAGAGGUAAAGAAGCCGCUCGGAAUCCAAGCGGGCGGCGUCAUUCUCUCUCUGUUUCAGGAUGGCCAGGCGAGAUGCAUUCAGUUGCAGAAGAAGCUGGCUUUCUUUAUGACAAACCACUCGAUGGCCUCGAGCCAAAUCCAGUGCAAUUUGGUCAGCAAGAGCCACUUUCCGACAUGGAAAAUAAACACGACUCGUUGCACGAGGAAGGUGAUAAACACUACGACGGCUCUCAUGGUACUAACAACAAUGACGGCAGCACCCACAAUCACCAAAACAACCAUGUUACAUUACGCGCAAAACAGUGGGCUCAAAAAUUCAAUACAUUCCGUUCCCUUGACAAGAAGCGCGCAAAACUCUCAAAUGUACAUACUGAUCCAUCCGACACAAAGCUUGCUGUGUCGUCGGAAUAUCCCCAACUUGACGGUCUUUCGCCUGUGCUCGACGUACCUGAAACCAGUGCGCCGAAUUCAGCUGCGGUGUCUACUCCUAAAGACGACGCAUUAACAGGUGUUAGUCUUCAUUCACCCAUGACAAACCCGUAUGAUAUGGCCUCGGACCGCGCACCGUCAAGUGCCAAUACACUUCGACCGAAUGAGCUGCUCUCCCCCUCAGCAUCCUUGAGCUCAUCGCCACCGUCUCCGUACCCGUCAGCCCCGCAAUCAUCUUCUCUUCAAGCACCGCCAAGCGCAGUUGAGCAGAUGCCACUAAUGAAUGCUAAAGACAGCUCAUUUGCGGCUGGAGAGCCAAUCCAGGCAUCUUCAUCGUUCUAUAUGAACGAUGCCAAUACAUUGAGGCAUGGGCCAUCGUGGAUACCCACAUACAUCUGCAUUCCAAUGCCACUUGAAAAUUUGCCGAUUGAUGUGCGUGAUACUCAAACGGAUGACGACGAUAAGGCAUUCUUUGCCCCUCAUGGUGCGUUCAUUCUGGAACGAGGAGUGAUUCUUCCGUCUAUCCAAAAAAAUGCUGGCACUUAUGGACCAGUGCAAGUCCCGGUCAAUAUAGGCCGCCGUGUGCUGCAUCCAUCCACGGCCUUGUUCCGAAAUGUGCUUGUUCAACGAGACGACGAGCGCGAGGGUUGGGGUUGGGAACGACACACGAAUGCAUCGCGAUAUUUUGCUGAUUUGCAAGCAGACGAUGAUGACUCCGACGAUGAGCUACCUCUGAUGGAUGUAAGGAUCCAGGCGCGUGAUGAGUGGCUCGCACAAAAACGACAGCAUCGCGAGCGCGUGCGACGUCGACAAGCGAAACGUGAGCGGCAGCGCCUUCGUGUGCAAGCACUCGAGAAAGGCGUCCAUCCAUCUGAAUACGGCGUUUCAGAGCAAUCGUCAGAUGACGGCAACCAGAGUGGCUCGGAUACGACGAUAGACGAUGGCGAUGAGCUCAGUGAAGAGUCAGAUCCUGAGCGUCCUUGGGUUGACGACAAACGGCCUGCAGGUCGCUUGUACGGAAGCAGCUUGAUUGAAAUGGCUAUGCGCCAGAAACAAGAACAGCAGCAAACAGCAAGGUAUUAUGGCCGAGAGUCUAUGUCGGCUAACCAUAUGUUCACCAACGACACAAAGGCACGUAUGCAGCGUCUUUUUGGCGAAGUAUCACUGUGGGAUGAGGAAAUGCAACGUCAUCAAACUAGCAACCAGUCCCCCCCAGCUGUUGCAGGUACGAGUGUAUCUAUGGAUGAGCCAGUAGAACCCAUGCUCGAGCCGGGUGCUGCCUCAGCUAUUGUUUAUCCGGCGGCUGAUGAGGUCCUUGUAAUGGAAGAGGCAGCCCUUGACUGUGAAGACGAUCAUGUCGGUGACACAUGGGAUGAUACUUCCUCGUCUUCAUCUGUGUCGACAUCCCAAUCCCACAACCAAGACGAGCAACCAAGACAGAAACGAUUAACAUACCCUAUUCGACGGAUGGCACGUUAUUCACGCAAUGAUCCAAACCGGCCGCGAUGGUUAGAAAAAGGUGAGGAUGACGUGCCUCUUGCUGCCCUUCGGGAUGAUGCGGAAAAAUAUUUUUCGUCCAGCGAUGAAGACGUGGAACCUCUUGGAGCAAGGCAUCCUCAGGCAGAAGUCAUCGCAGAGAAAGAGGCAUUGAUUCGACGCCUUCAGGAGGAAAAUGCACAAGCACGAAUGCUCCUCUUGCGUUCUUCAAUGCAAAUGCAUAUGCCAAUGCCAUACAUGCCGUGGAUGAUGCCUCCGUGGAUGAUGCCUUCCAUUUCGUCGGAGGCCCAUUCUUUGCUGGGUGACGAUACUUUAGCAGCAACUGCUGCUGCUGCUACAGAACAUGGCGAGCUGACUGAUGAUGUCCCUGUUUCAUACAUGUAUGACCCAAAUGUUCAUGCACAUGGCAUGUAUUCUGCAACACCAGCACCUGUCGCCUGGUCAGUUGAUGACGCGCAUGCAAGCGAAUGA